GUAGAGAACUCUGAUUCUACACACACUGCUCUCUCUCUCUCUCUCCUCCACAGCAGAAGAGUCUUCAGUGUCUCUGUGUGUGAAUCAGGAUCUUCUGCUAGAAUGAGGAGUGGAUCUGCUCUGCUGUUGGUGCUGCUGCUCGGCUCUCUCCAGCUCUCCUCUAGUGCUCCUCACGGGACCUCUGUUGCUGACUGCUGUCCCAAACUGACUACAGUGAAGAAGAUUCCUCUGAAGAUGGUGGUGUCUUACACAGAGACACGCAGCGACUGUGCCCUUAAAGCCAUUGUGUUUACCACUAAAUUAAGAAAUUUCUGUGUGGAUCCGGAUAUUGAAUGGGUCAAGAGUCACGUUGCCGUACUGAAGAAGCGCUCACAAUAAUAUACAGCAUAGGUCGGCAAUA